AUGAAGCAAGCAAAGAGAUAUCUAAAAUCAUCAUCAAUACGGAAAAUAGCUUUAUUACUUACAUUGCUAUUGUUGAUAAUAUAUCCAUUACAUUUAGUUUUAAAUGGUUCACUAUCUUCACCAUAUUUUGAAAGAAUAAUACCUCAAAAUAUAAUAAAACCACAUCAACCAGAUAAUAUAAAUCAAAAAUUAUUAUCAAAUAAUGAGAGUAAUAAGAAUUUAAUAAUUUUCCCCAAACUUUUUGAUUACAAGAAACAAGAAGAUGUUUUUAAAGCAAACAAAAUGGUAUUAAAUGAUAAUCAAGAAAUUAUAACUUAUCAUGGUAAUUCAUCAGCUAUAAAUUAUGAGUUAAAUCAUUUACCCAAACAUUCACACGAAAUAAAAAUAUUUAAUGGAACUUAUAAAAAAUCAGAAUCAUCAACCUCAUGUUCUGAUAAUCAACAAUUAAUAGAUUUACAAAUAAGUGAUAAUUUUAUAUUCAAUGAUAAUUUUGAAAUAAUGAUUAAUAAAUUAAUAGAACAACUAGAAAAAGAUGAAGCUUUCACUGAUAUUGAUAAAUUUUUUCAAAAUAAAUUACAUCAAAUGUUAAAAGAAAAUACAUAUAGAAAACAUUUUUAUAAAUUUGCAGGUACUUCAGUAUGGCUUGAAAAAUAUGGGGUACAUUUAAUGGUUAGUAGAGUUUUAUUUUCUAGAAAGGGAAUAAAAUGGAAUCCACAAAUUAGUUUAUUAUAUGCUCAAAUUUAUGAUGAAAAUUGGAAUGAAAUUAAUGAUAUUGAAUUAAUUUUACCAAUGGUUGAACCAGAUGGGGAAUUAAAUUAUGAACCUAUAAAAUUUCCUAAAUUUUUACCAAUUCCCUAUUAUUUCAAUUCUGAUUAUACUAAAAGAAGGUGGUAUGGUCCAGAAGACACAAGAAUAAUGUUGAUAGAAAACGAAUUUAAGGAGAAAGAACCCAUAAUUAUAUUCAAUAGUGAUCAUAGAAAUAUCAAUGGUACAACAUCAAUUAACGGGGAUACAUCAAUACAAAUUUCAUUUGAAAUGAAUAGAUCAAUGUUUAUAGGAUGGCCAUUUAGAAAACAAUUAGGUAAAGUAAAUACAGAUGGGAUACAAGAUUCUAAAUACGAUCAUAUUAAAUACAACAAAGUAGCAGAACUAAAAAUAGAAAAUACUAAAAGACAAGUAGUUGAAAAAAAUUGGACUCCUUUUAUUAUACCCAGUGAGAGAACAACCAAAGGUGAUACAAACAUUUACUUAGUUUAUAAAUGGGAUAAUCUUGAAAUUUUAAAAUGUGAUUUAAUAAACAUUAAAGAUGGAAUAAGCAAUUGUAAAUUUACAUAUAAAGAUUCAAACAAAAAGGCCAAAAAAGUAGGUCCAGUAAGAGGAGGUACAGAAAUGUUUCCCCUUGCUUCAUUAGAUUCAUCAUAUAAAGAUAAAGAUGUAUGGAUUGGAUUUUUAAGAGCUCAUAUAUCUCAUUGUGGUUGUGGUCGAUCAAUGUAUAGACCAAAUUUUUAUAUCUUCAUAAAAGAACAAAAUGAAUUUAAAGUUAGAUACUUAUCAUCUUCAAUAUCAUUCAAUAUCCCAGUUUCCGGUUGGAGAAAACAUGAAGUUCAAUGUGCCGCUAGAGAUCCAAACGUGCUUAUCCCAAAUGGAAUAUCUAUAUGGGAAGAUCAAUCUGGUAAUGAAGAUAUUUUAAGUUUAACACUAAGUGUAGCUGAUGAAAAUAAUAGUAUUAUUCAUAUUUAUGGAUUAAAAAAAAUUGUUGAAGAUUUAUUAGCGCAUCCACCUAAUGAGAAUGAAGUUCAUGAUAAUUCUAAAUUAAUGAAAUGUGUUUUGGAUUCUAGUAUUGAAUUUUGUAAAGCUUAUGGUGAUGUUCAAACUAAAUUGGGUAUAACUGAAGAAAUUAUGUUGAAGAAUGAGAAAACUAACAAGAAAGAUUAA